GUGGCUCUGCGCAUUCUACCUCCCGCACACUCCAUUCCAACCAGCAAGCAAGCAAACAAACAAAAGACGAAGCAGCAACAAAGAUCACACGAGCUCCGCUUACUCGACGACCCACUGCACUCGCCUCCGAUCGAUCGAUCCGGCGAUCACACUAGUCGAGUCGACUCGACUCGAGCGAGCGCGCGCCCCCGAUCAAUCAAUGGCGGCCAAGGUGGCGUCGCCGCUCGCGUUCCGCCGCGACGUGCGUGGCCCGCUCGGCCGGCCUCAUCCGAGCGGCGGCUGCCGGAGCGGGACCGGGAUGCCGGGGGUGCUGUACUGGAGCAGCGGCGCCGGCGGCAGCAGGGUGCUCGCGGCGCGGGCGCGCGGGCGGAACAGGUUCGGCGGCGGAUCAGGGCGGACGGCCAAGGACGAGGCGGCGGACGAGGACGAGGAGGAGGUCGCGGACGUGGUGAUCGUCGACGCCGGGGACGAGGAGGAGUUCGCCUCCGACGAGCUGUCCGGGUUCAGGGGCCUGGUUCUUGAUCUCUCCUACAGGCCUGUCAAUGUCGUGUGCUGGAAGCGCGCCAUCUGCCUGGAGUUCAUUGGGAAGGCCGAUGUGUUGGAGUACUAUGAUCAGACCGUCUCUUCGCCUAGCGGAUCCUUCUAUAUCCCUGCAGUUUUAAGGGUUCCACAGUUGCUGCAAGUAGUAAAGAGAAGAAGAGUCAAGCAGAGCCUAAGCCGUAAAAACAUUCUUUACAGGGAUGAUUUCACCUGUCAAUAUUGCUCUUCAGGGGACAACUUGACAAUUGACCAUGUUAUUCCGAUUUCGCGUGGUGGUAAAUGGGAAUGGGAGAAUUUGGUGACUGCCUGUGCCAGAUGCAACUCCAGGAAGGGUCAGAAGACACCGGAGCAGGCAAACAUGAAGCUGCUUAAGAUCCCCAGGGCGCCCAAGGAGUACGAUAUUAUGGCUGUGCCCUUGACAAAAUCUGCAUUCAGAACGCUCAAGAGGAACCAUGGGCUUCCUGAAGUGUGGCUGCAGUACCUUUCCAGACCAUCUCCAUGACCAAAACUCCAAGAGCCUCCUGAUCUUACGGGCCAGCAUCUCAGUGUAUAUUAACAUUAUACUAUGCUGCGCACAGCCAAAGACUGCAGAUCCUAUUCUGUUCAAAGCUCUGUACAUGAAAAUAGUAUAAGAAAUAAGAAUUGCUGUAAGCUGGUGCAGAACCAGCCUAACAACUCAAAUCUAAUUUAAUUUAUCUAAAACAGUGACCAAAGUACGUAGGAUGUAUUUACUCGUA